AUGUCGUUAUCGUCGCGUACGACGGGCAGCACUGCCCCGUCAAGUGUCUCGAUUACUCCCCCUAAGCGCCGCUAUCAUGUCAAGGGCGACACUAACGUUGCGAUCAGACUACGGAAGGGAAUCAUUGUCAACAACCACACGGGCGCAUACGACAACGACGACGACGACGACUUCACUGACGAGGACUCGGCUGGGAUCCAAGUCGUCUCCGCCAGUGAAGAGGAGUACAGCACUGGUGAGGAAACCGAGGACGUCGACGACGAAGAAGAAGAAGAGGAAGACGAAGAGGAAGACGACGAAGACGACGACGAAGACGAAGACGACGUAGAGGAAGAGGACGAAGGUUCGUGGGACUACAUCGACGAGAUUAACCCCUCGGACUCUGCAUCCCGCCCUCGUGCCGUCAAGCACCACUCUGCACCACAUCGUGCUGUUGCUCACCAUCCCAUUGUGCACCACGCUGUACACCCUCCUUCUGUAGCUCCACCUCGACAAAAGCCGUCUCGUCGGGAGCGAACAUCUUCGCGCCACGCUGCUCCUGUUCCUGAUCCCCCCUCCCGCCACGAGAGCCAUAGUCGAAGCCAAAGUCGAAGCCGAAGCAAACUGGAUCGCCAACGCAGGCCGCGACGGCCAAGGCAUCAAUCCGUCCAUCAUCAGGAGCCUCCUGAAGUCGAGGACGACGACGAUUACCCAUAUGGCGCCCCAGCUCACGGAGCCCCGCCUCAUGGUCAUCCAAGCGCUGGCUGGGGUCAUAUACCCCAGCCAGCGCCCAAUGCCUUUGCACCUAGCAUGGUUUCAGACCCUCGAUAUCAGUACGGCUACGCAGGAGGCACGCAAUCACCCCCAGGUCAAUUAGUUCCAUUCGGCCAUGACUCCCAUGCUGCCUAUGCACAGAACCCCUUUGCACCCAAUGGACAAAACCCCUUCACACAGCCGCCCCCACCGGCAGCAGAUCCACGUGCCGGCUACUUUCCCGAAUAUCAGGAUCCUCGCUACCAAGAUCCUCACCAGGCACGCAAAGCCCACCGUUCCUCGAUGCCGGCGGCACCUCCUGGGGAAAUGAUGCCUUACUCGCCGACAGGCUACUAUCCACCCUACGGUGCUCAGCCACAUGGCAUGCCCCAGCACAUGUAUCCCUACGGACAUCCUGAACACGCACAACCACACUCAGCACACCCAUCUCCACCUCCGCCUCCACAUCCACAUCCACCUCCACAGAAAGCCUCUUCAAAGCGAGCUACACCAAAGCCUCAGCACGACGAAGAGCGUCGUGCUGCCCCAACUCCGCCUACACCUGCACCUCAACCUCCACCUCAACCUGCUGCACCCCCACCUCAGACUCCAGCGCAGAUGCAUUUGCAGUUGCACCAGCCGAUGCAGCCGCCGAUGCAGCAGCCAUUGCAGCAACCAAUGCAACAAGCCUUGCAACAAGCCUUGCAACACUUGUCGCCAGUGCAGCAAAUGCAACACAUACAGCAAAUGCAACAAAUGACGCCAAUGCAGCAGAUACAGCACAUACAGCAUCUGGAGCAAAUGCAACAGUUGCUUCAAAUGCAGCAGCAAAUAAUAGCUACUCCUCCACCUGCUCCGCCCGCUCCACCACCACCGGAACCCGCUCAACCAGAUCCUAAAGAAGAGGGCAUGCUUAUAAAACUCGAGAAGCUCUUGCUUCACAAAGCUGACGAAGAGGAAAAGGCAGCUGAGCAAGCCAGGAGAGAUGCGGAGCUGGCCAAGUUUGCCCGUCUUGAGAACUUGCUCAUUGCCCAACAAGAGGCCAAGAUAGAAAAGGAGAAAGCUAAGAAGGAGGCUGCCGAGAAAGCUGCAAAAGAAGCUGAAGAAGCGAAGAAGAGGGGCGACGAGGACAAGCUUGCCAAGUUGGAGCAACUCAUUCUUGCUCAAAAGGAUGAACAACUGAAACGAGAGGCCGCUGCAGAUGCCGCCCGUGCCGCGGAAAAGGCCGCUGCAGAUGCAGAAGCGGCCAGAAUCGCAGAAGAGAAGAGGCAAGCGGCCGAAAAAGCCAAAAUCAUGCUGGAAGCGGCCGAAAAGGCGCGAGAGGAGGCCGAGAAGAAGGCGGCUGCCGAAGCCGAGGAGACUAAGAAAGCCCACGAGAAAGCCCUUGCUGAAGCCAAAGCCGCUGCGGAGGAACUCGAAAAGGCAAAGGCUGCUGAAGCUGAAGAGACCAAAAAGGCUCAUGAGAAAGCCCUGGCCGAUGCCAAGGCUGCUGCUGAGGAAUUGGAGAAGGCUAAGAAAGCUGCCGAGGACGAGGCUGCUGCUCUCAAGCCAUCUGAUGCACCAAAACUCCCAAUCAAGUUCAAGGACGCUGUUGGGCGUAAGUUCAGCUUCCCAUGGGAACUGUGCAAGACAUGGAAGGGCAUGGAAGAACUUAUCAAGCAGGCUUUCCUCCACGUAGAUGUCAUUGGGCCUCAUGUGCACCAAGGCCACUACGAUCUUGUGGGACCGGAUGGCGAGAUCAUUCUACCUCAAAUCUGGGAAACCGUGAUCCAGCCUGACUGGGCCAUCACCAUGCACAUGUGGCCCAUGCCAGAGCCGCCGCCACCACCACCACCACCUGAACCAGUAGUCGAGGUUUUCCCUCCGCCACCUCCGCCACCACCGGAUGCGCAAAUGUUCAUGUCGCAAAAUCUCCCUCUCAGAGGCAAAGGUAAGAAGGACAAGAGCAGGAAACGUGAGUCUGAAUCUCACGCCCACGUCAUAACAGUUCCUCCUCCCCCUCCCGCAGGUGCCAUGCCUCCACCACCGCCACCUCCUCCUGGCCACCCCGGCGACGGUCACCAUUCGCCACCCGCCGUCAUUGUCGUACCUAGCGGUAGUGGCGGCUCGGGACACUCUUCGCGCAAGAAGCCUACUCCCUCGCCGUUUUUCCGAUGGGCUGCCGGUACCGCUGUUCGCAAAGACUCGGGCAGGAAGAAGAAGUAA